CCCCCAAGGAGGGAUUUUCCUCUCCCACCCCGGCUCCCUGUGCCUUGGUCCCCUCGGAGAGCGGUCCAGGUUAAUAAUUUACUGCCUGCCACAAGCCACUCCUUCAGACUUUUUCUUCGACCUUCAGACUGCAUUGCCAAAAUAAAAACAACGGGAGGGAGCAGUACAAGCUGCUUCCCACAGCGAGAGUGUGGCAGUGCCCGCCAGCCCUGCUGCCGGAUCCUGGGAGCCCUGUCUCUGCAGACAGAGGAACAUCUGCGUGCUCUGCUUCCCGAGGACAUCCGGAGCCAGCAGCUGGAUUCCUGCCCCAGCUGUGAGGAGAGGAGAUUAUUUCAGCUGUUUAAUGUUCGUGGCCUGGAUGGAGCCCUCCUCCACUGCCCUGGGCAAGACAAAGGAACUCAUCAAGCACGGCCGGGAGAGGAUAGAACAAACCAUCAAGGCCUCCGGCUCCAGGCUCUGCUUGUAUGCUGAGAGAGUUGCUUUUUUAAUGGAUCGUUCCCGGAGCCCAGACAAAAGCACCCAGCCUUCAACACCAACUGACAACAUCAACCUUGGACCUUCUGCUAACCCCAAUGCCAAGCCAACAGACUUUGACUUCCUGAAGGUUAUUGGCAAAGGAAGCUUUGGAAAAGUUCUCCUGGCCAAACGCAAGUGUGACGGGACUUUUUAUGCAGUGAAAGUGUUGCACAAGAAAACCAUCCUCAAGAAAAAGGAGCAAAACCACAUCAUGGCAGAACGUAACGUGCUUCUGAAAAAUGUCAAGCACCCCUUCCUCGUGGGACUCCACUACUCCUUCCAGACCUCGGAGAAGCUUUACUUUGUGCUUGACUAUGUAAAUGGAGGAGAGCUCUUCUUCCACUUACAAAGGGAGCGCUGUUUCCGUGAGCCCCGGGCCCGAUUCUACGCUGCAGAAGUCGCCAGUGCCAUUGGGUACCUGCAUUCCCUAAACAUCAUCUACAGGGACUUAAAGCCUGAGAACAUUCUCCUGGAUUGCCAGGGACACAUAGUAUUGACAGACUUUGGACUCUGCAAAGAAGGAAUGGAGCAAGAGGAGACAACUUCUACCUUUUGUGGCACUCCUGAGUACCUGGCUCCUGAGGUGCUAAAGAAGCAGCCCUAUGACAGGACAGUAGACUGGUGGUGCCUAGGAGCUGUCCUCUAUGAAAUGCUCUUUGGACUGCCUCCUUUUUACAGCCGGGAUGUGUCUCAGAUGUAUGACAACAUUCUGCACAAGCCACUACAGAUCCAAGGAACCAAGACUGUGGCAGCUUGUGACAUCCUCCAGGGACUUCUCCACAAGGACCAGAAGAGGAGGCUGGGUGCCAAAACAGACUUUCUUGAGAUAAAGAACCACGUAUUCUUCAGCCCAAUAAACUGGGAUGAUUUAUAUCACAAGAGGAUUACUCCUCCAUUCAACCCCAAUGUGGCUGGUCCAGCUGAUCUGCGACACUUUGAUCCCGAGUUCACCCAAGAAGCCAUCUCUGCCUCCAUCACCCACACGCCUGACCUAGCAGCCAGCAGCUCCAGUGCCUCAGAUGCAUUUUUAGGAUUUUCUUAUGCACCAGCUGAAGAGGACAUUUAAGUUUUACAAAGGUUUUGUGAAGCCAUAUUUUAAAUGAUUGGGUUUUAUGUUUAUUUUGUUUUCCUUUUCCUUUUGAGAGGAUUGGUACCAUCCUUUGCUCAUGGUUUAAGGAAAUUGGCACUAACACACUAACUGGCUGGGAUGGGUCAGAGCUCUUAAUUUUUGCUGUUUGGUGGAUUUUCUCCCUAAAGGAAUGUUUCCCUGCCAGGGAAAGUGGGACACUGAUUAUGAUUUUCCCCGAGUGUCUUGUGCUACUUGGCAGAAUUGUAUUCACUCUGUGAUUGUAUUUAUGGUUGAGGAAUGUGCCAUCAUUCACAUCAACAGCUAUGGCCCUGUAACUGGACACAUUUUUUUUUUAUUUUUUGUGGAGCUAUGCUCAGCUAUGUCCAAUAUCUUUCCCCAAGCCUUCCACAGAGAAGGAUACUCUUCACAUCACCAAGAACAGUGGCUUCCUUCUUUUAAGUAAACUCUCUCUCUCAAGCUACUCAUCCUGGACUGAGCUGGGCUGAGGGAAAAACUGUUCAUCAGUUAUUGCUCCAAAGGCAGCUGCAGAUCUGUAAGUCCUGAACUGCACUGUGACCCUUCAUGCCAGUCUGUCCCUCCUCAGAGGGAAUGGAUUAUCUCUCAGGUCCAGGACUGGGAUGCUACUGCUGCAACAACGAGGCUGUGAUGGAGGAGCCACUCUGUAGGAGGAAAAUCCCAGAUCAAAGGUGUGGGGAAAGAGGCUGAGCUGCUUGGAAAAAUAAAAGUUAACUUUAUAGCUGAACUCUGGUUGGGGUUGGGGGGUGCUUUCACAGCAUGUGCUUGACUUGUCCCAGGCACACCAACACUUCUGUGAUGAGCACGGGGCAGUGCACAGCGAGGGGUAGCUGCGCUCCAGGCUCCAGCACUCACCUGAAAAUGCCCAUCACUGCUGUGGAACCGUUAUUUAUUCUGCCUUAAUUUAAAUGAUGGUGUAUUCAUUGAAUGUCACUUCCCACUUUUUUUUUUUUGUUAAGCUGUUCUGUGCUGUUGCUGUAGGGAGAAGAGGGGGCUUGGUGCAACACAGGGAUAAACAAAGGCCUUUCUAAAAGUUGUGUGAUGCUCGUGCUGUGGGGAACCUUGUGCUGGAGCAAUUGUUUGGGUUUUUUAUCAGGCUUUAUCUUGUAUAUGCUGGAGUCAUUGGGAAUCCGACAUGGUUUAUAUUAAAGUGCAAACACUGA